UCACCCCCUCUCUGCUCCGACAAUCGCAUACUAACAUUCCAGGUUUUGGUACGGGGGUAUGUCCCUUGCUUUUUAUUUCCCGCGUCGGCUUACUAACACGUUCUAGGUGCUGCCAGUAUGUUUGCGUGUCUCUUCACCCAUCCGUUAGACCUCGCCAAGGUGAGACUCCAGACGGCGGCCAAGCCCGGUGCCGGGUUGGUGUCCACCGCGUACCUGAUUAUGAAGCAUGAAGGGUUCUUGAAGUUGUACUCGGGGCUUAGCGCGUCGCUUCUACGCCAGGCUACCUACUCUACCACGCGUUUUGGGGUCUACGACGCGUUGAAGGAGUACUUCACGGCCCGGAAUGGCGGCGCGCAGCCCUCCACCGGGAUUCUUUUACCGUGCUCGAUGGCGGCCGGUGCCAUUGGUGGUUUGGUCGGUAACCCUUCUGACGUGGUGAACAUCAGAAUGCAGAACGAUUCGUCGUUGCCGCACAACCAAAGAAGAAACUACAAAAACGCGUUCGACGGGCUCAGACGCAUGGUAUCCGAGGAAGGGCCCGCUGCCUUGUUCCGUGGGUUGUCGCCUAACUUGACCAGAGGUAUUCUCAUGACCGCCUCCCAGGUGGUUACAUACGAUAUUGCCAAGGAGUGUCUCGUGGAGCAGUUGAACUUCGACCCCACCACCAAGGCCACCCACUUUUCCGCCUCGCUCUUGGCCGGGUUGGUGGCUACGACUGUGUGCUCCCCUGCUGACGUGGUCAAGACCAGAAUCAUGAACUCGAAGGAUGCCACCCAGGGUGCCAUCACUAUUUUGACGGACGCGGUCAAGCACGAGGGUGUCGGUUUUAUGUUUAGAGGCUGGAUCCCUGCCUUUGUCAGAUUGGGGCCACAGACCAUCUUGACUUUCGUUGCAUUGGAGCAGUUAAGAGAGCUCAGAAUUGGAAUGUAAUAUCAGGAGUUGUCAAUUUAAUAGAGUUAGCUAAGAAUCGCUAUGUAGGCCUUCCCCGCCUCCGGUACCGGAGCAUGGCGCACCGAUCUAUUGCCGUGCGGACAUAGCCAUUGCCAAACUCUCGGGGCUCGUGCAGGAUUUCCGAUGGUCCGCUAUCGUGUACUACACACGAGGCGAGUCAUGGCCAGUGUAGCCUGGGCUAAGGGCCUUUCGCGAGGU